CGACGACGACGACAGGGGGAUUUUUGCUUUUAGGUUUUCUUCCUUUAGGUUUUCUUCUUGCUGGAAUUUGUCCUUUGUUGUCGAGAUUUGCAUCUGCGUUCUUUGGACACUUGCAAAAGCAUUCAAGCGUUUUUUUUACUCUUCGGCACACACACACACACACACACACAGAUUUACAGAGGUUUUGGCCGUUCACGGAUCGUGUUCGCCAAAGGGUUUGUUUCUCCGACUUCUAUGCCCUCUUUGAUAGAGCGCUCGUCACGGCUUAAAAGGAGGUGUAAGGUGUCCGCUGGAGGCAAACGAUCGAGGUGUCAUAGAUCACAAAAUCAUGGCUCUAAAAAGAAGCGUCCGAUCCCAACGCCCACCAUUAUCAACCCUGGCGGGGCAGGCGGUCCUAUUCGAAUCACCUUUACCAUUCCACUGCCAACGAAACCAACCGUCACGGUGAUUGGCACUUCGCGACCUCCCAUCGUAACACCCAUCACCACCAUCCUAGAAACCAUUCCCAAUCCAACCUUCUUUCCAUCCUUACCGACACCUAGCCCUUCUCCUACACUGCUACCUCUGCCUCCACCUUUACCUACAUUUUCAUCAUCAUCAUCCUCCUCAUCAUCAUCUUCAUCAGGAUCAACGCCAGAACCAACAGUGUUGCCUUCCAACCCCUCACCUACCGACACCCCAAGCCCAAAGGGACCAAGUAAUAAAGUAACCGAGCGGCCGACGAUAGGCUCUUUUCCCACAAUCACGCCAACCGGUAUCCCUCUCCCAAUAGGUUCCAAUCCCGGUCUUUCACCCGUUGAGCGAAACGGUAUCAUCUUGGCCGCUGUCGCACUUUUGAUAAUAGGUGCCAUUCUAGCAUUUUGCUGCGUGAGAAGAAGGAACCGCCGACAAUCACAGCAACUAGCAGCAGCUCGUGCCGAGGACAGCAAUCUCAUGGACGGAGCUGCAUCGUUGGGCCGAGCCGACAGUGAUUUUAUCGCAUACAGUAGGCCACCUGUUAGUGGGUCCAUCAACGGUGCCGGUGAAAGGGAUUCAUUAGAUAUGGGUACGCCGGAAAUGUCGGCGCUGGAACGACCGACCACGACCAACACCAUCACCGGAAUCGUGGACAGAUACAAUAGCACAGCACCUAAUCUCGGAGCAGCCGGAGUAAUGGGAGCAGCAGCACUAGGCGCAGGCGCCGUUGUGCUCCCCAAAGGCAAACAACGAGACUCGAACGGAACCAUCACGCGCGACGCGAGUCCAGGCAACCCCAGCGCACUCCCCAUGUACCGAUUCUCCAAACUAUCAUUUUCAGAUAGUAAUGGACAAGAACCUAUCGUCCCUCCCGAACAGAUGGCCUUUACACCCACCCCCACACCGCUCGACAUCUCCCAACCUUCCGCACCAGGCUCACCCCAACCCUACAACUACACCAUUCUCCACGGCUGGAUUCCACAACGCUCGGAUGAAUUAUUAUUAGAAUCCGGGGACGCUGUGGCCGUUUAUCAGGUGUUUGAAGAUGCGUGGUGUGAGGGUGUGUGUGAGCGAACGGGGUUAGUAGGAAUGUUCCCUAUGGCAUGUUUGAGAGAUCCGAGGGGGGAGUCGGUGUCUGGGACGUCGCAGAGGGAACGAUCGGUCGCGGGAAGUGUAGCGAGCUUUUUUGAUGGGUUUAAAGGGGUAGAAUCAAAGUUGGAGGAAGGAGGUCCAAAGAGGUAUUCGAGUGUGUACACUGUGCCGACGUCGGGUAGGAAUCAGGAUGGGGAGGAGUAAAGGUUGGUAGCUGUAACAUUUAGGUAGUUGCUUUUGACAUUUACUUUUGGAAAGUGGGACUGUUUGGUUUUUAUUUUUUUUUUUCCUACUUGCCUGUUCUUGUUGGUUUGGUGCAUAUUGCAUACAUGUAAGAUUGUAUAUUUCUUGUAUCAUUUGUGCAGAGAACAAUGUACAUUCUUUGAUGGUUGUG